AUGAUCGAUAAGAGCAAAGUGGUAUCUCUCACAGUGGAGUUGAUACAAUGUUUUGUCGAACAAGUAUGGUACCAUCGGUACGUCUAUCCACCAGAAUCAUUUGACCGAGCCAGGUCGUUUCAACUACCAGUUUAUACCUCCAGACACCCAGACGUUAAACAAUACGUCAAAACGCUGGCUGUGAAAUGGAGAGAUCUACUGGAACGGGGCAGAUUGAACAGGGUUUUCGUGGAAAUUUACCGAGGAGAUUCAUCUGUGGUUUCAGAAACGUAUGCGGUGAGUUUGACCAAUUCGCCGUUGUUAGAAGCUCUAUCUUCGGGACUCGAAUUGUCAGACGAAUUUAAAAUGAAUGUAUUAUAUGCGGAGUUCCAAGCGUUUUUGUACUCCGUGAUCAACGAACUGCAAACGGCCGAAAAAUUCGACACUCCGUCCACUUUCAAGGUGCUGAUAUCGGCAGACAACUCCGUAUUCAACCAAUUGCUCGCUCAAGAUUGGACAUUACACAAAACUCAGGUGGCUACCAGCACACCUUCGACCGCUCCUCCAACACGCAUCCACGAGUUCAGACAGCUUUCGUUGCCAUACUUGAACAUCAAAGGCUUUUACGCAGAACAUUUACCGUGCUAG